AUGGACGAUUAUUCGGUUGAGGAACUUCUUGAACUUGAGGAACUACUCGAGUUUGAUCCGGACAUGGAGGUAUGGUAUUCUGAUGAUGAAUCUGAAAAUGAUGAAGAGGUAGAAAAUUCAGCAGUUUUAAAUAAUGAUAAUCAAAUACCUAUUCGUAACUUAGGGGGUAGAACAACACAAUCACGUGAAUUAACCGAUUUCCAAAGAAAACACAUGAUUGACAAACUUCUUUUGCUUGCAAAUGAUGAAUUAAAAAUACCUCCACGUGCACAAAUUGAAAUUGCUCUAGAGUUUAAUGUUUACAGAACCACUGUUUGGAGGUAUUGGUCAAAAGCAAAAAUACGAAUUAGAAGGGGGGAAACGAUAGAUGUGAAGGGGCAGAAACCUGGUAAGGUGGGAAGGAAGUGUAAGGAUUGGGACUUAGAUCGACUACAUGCUAUACCGGUAGAAAAAAGAACCACAAUCAGAAAAAUAGCAGAUGCACUUGACAUUCAUCCAUCAACAGUUUAUAAACUAAUUAAAUCAGGGAAAAUACGAGCAUGUAGCAGCAGCCUUAAACCUUCUGUCACACCUACUCACAAGAUAGCUAGAAUUGCACAUGUUUUGAGGCAAAUUAUUCCUAGAAAUGUGAACACACCACCUAAAUUUUCAGCAAUGUACAAUGUAAUUCACAUUGAUGAGAAAUGGUUUUACAUGAGUCAAAAAAGUCAGAAGUUUUAUCUGUUUCCAUGGGAAGACGAACCUUAUAGAGCAUGCCAAAACAAAAACUACAUACCAAAGAUGAUGUUCAUGGGUUGCGUAGCCAGACCUAUCCUAGGAACAAAUGGAGAAAUAUUGUGGGAUGGGAAGAUUGGUAUGUUUCCUUUCACUUACACUGUCGAAGCACAAAGAAGCUCAAAAAACAGAGACAGGGGCACACCAGAAACAAAGGCGAUUGUAAGUAUCACUAGGGAGGUUAUCAGAGCAAAACUCAUUGAAGAAGUGCUGCCAGCAAUCAUGGCCAAAUGGCCUGCUAAUGCAUGCAAGGAGAUAUGGAUUCAACAAGAUAAUGCUAAGCCACACAUAAGUGUCGAUGAUGCCGAAUUUAGAGCAGCAGCUACUAAAAACGGUUUUAAAAUCAGAUUAACAUGCCAACCAGCACAAAGCCCAGAUUUGAAUGUGUUAGACUUGGGGUUUUUCAGAGCUAUUCAAUCACUACAAUACAAGGCCUUUCCUAAGGAUACAAAGGAACUUUUAAAAUCAGUGGAAGAUGCUUUUCAAGCUUAUGAACCAAGACUCGUGAACUACAAUUGGCUACAUCUUCAAUAUUGCAUGUUGGAGAUACUGAAAGUUGAAGGGUCAAAUAAAUACAAAAACCCCCAUAACAAAAAGCAUGCAAUGGACAGGUUGGGUAUUCUCCCAACUCAAGUGGAGGUUCCAGAAGAGCUGAUAGAAGAAAGCAGGAAGAUUUUAGCAAGGGGGCCUACCAAUUGA